AUGGCGGGCAACUCGAACUUGGAAACGAAGCAAGUUUUGUUGGCUUCAGAGGCAGAAUUGUACAUAGAGGAGCUAAAAACUUAUUCUUUGAAGGAAAUAGGAAGUCCAAAGUGAGCUUAUACUAAGUUUUUUUUAAGAGCUUUGUGCACUUUACUUCAGAUUUUGAUCACUCAUUUUUUUUUAGUAAGACUUGUUACUAUAGGAAGGUAUAUAUAUUAUUAACUAAUUUGUCCUUCUUAUUUUUACAGAUGGAUGAGUCAACAUGAAUACAUAGAAAAACUUAACAUGCAGGUGAGAUUGUGUGCUUAGUUGAUAGCCCUUAGGCAAAUCAUUAUUGGGUAAAACAUCUGUUAAAUACCUGUAAAUUGUGCAAAAUUAGAUGAAAACCUAAGGGCUUGCUAAAGAUUAUUGUUUUAUUUGGUUUAACAGGCCAUUAUAAGUGCUUCGUCGCAGGCAGAUGAAUUUAUCAAGGAACUGCUGAUAACCUUGGAAAAGGUACCCACUCAAAAUCAACUGAAUUUAUUCCUAGCAUUUGUUUAUAACUAAUAAUAUUAAAUUGUUAAAAAUAAUUACUUUAAUAAUUAAUAAAUAAUUAGUUUCAUGAAUAUGUUAUUAUACAUUUGUAUGAUGUAUAUUUGUAAGAAUCAUAGCAUUUCAUGAAUAGCUGUUACUUGAGCCAGAGGCACUACUGCAAGCACACACUCAUGAGUUCCAGACUUUUGGAUAUUGACCUUCAACUUCCAGGAUCUGCUGCUGAAUGCUAAUUCCCCCCUCAAGCUGCUACAUAUUUCCUUGUAAAUUAGUUGCAACUGUGCACUCCUGGCAGACUGGGGAAUGGAUUAAAACCUUAUGUUUGAGACCAGGGCUGGUCAAUGUUUGUGAUCUAAUGGGCAAGUCACUUCAUUCUCGCCUCCUCUCUGUCAUAUCCUCCUUACACCCUAACAUCAGUAUGCAUAUUCUCCAUACUGUUUUGUAUACAUUCCCUAAGACACUGACAAGAAGAGUUUGUAUAACAAUCAUGAGCUUCUUUAGUUGGUGAUCAUUUCCUUUAUUCUCAUAACCUUCAUGUUUGAUUCAGGGGUGAUACUGUAUCUUUCCUCAUGUGGGGCUUUUCUUGCUCCAAACAUUCGGACAAGGCAAGCUUUCUUUUUAAGAACAAAGUUUAUUAAGCAACUCAAUGGUCUAAUUUUUUUUAAACUCUCACAUGCUAUGAAUAAAUCUAUUUUUAAGUACAAACUGCACAUAAUUAUGAUACAAACAAAGAACAUUCCAUCUAGAGAAUAACCAUAGUAGUCAUACUAAUUUUGUAUACAAAGGUAUAUUACAACCCUGUAAGGAGAAAUCAGUUGUUAGUCACUCUUUUGAGUUAAAGGCUGGGAUAAAAAAUAGGGGAAGAGGAAUAACCUGAGGUAACAAGCAUACCAUAAAUACUCUCAACCAUUUAAUGCUUGGAAUUUCAAAGCAAGGAUGAGCUCCAGCCAGAUUAGUUGCACAGCUCCAUUGCUAACUUUGCUUAGUUUACCUUGGUUGCUUUUCUUGCAAACAGAUCCCUGUUCUGAUUCAUGAGUUGCUAGCAGUGGAGCUUUGGAAAGACAAAGUGUUUCCAAAAAUCUUGGAGUUAGGCUUCAACCCAACAACAACCUUACCUAUUUACUUUGUGGUAAGUUUUACAAUCAUGCUCAUGUUCACCUGAUGGUAUAAUCUUUUAAGAAUUCUUUUGAAUCUUCAACAUUCCUUACAAUCUGUACUAGUUUUAGGUAUUCCUGUUGAUUUGAAAUUUGCAUCUGGAAGACAUUGUUGCAUAAUGCUUAGCAAGCUGAAUCCUAAAUUGAUAGGUUCUGGGCUUGAGCCAUCCACCUUUUAGUGGGAUAGACAUAAAUACUCACAGUCGCUUUGGGCUUAAAAAAAAUGGGCAAAGAAAUGCAUGCUAUUGUGGACCAUUCAUCCCCUUGAGAUAAUAACAACAUAACCUAAGAUCUACAAACUAAGAUCUUCUACAGUCUGAAAGGUAUUGAUCAUUGUGAAAGUUGUGAUUAACACUGCUUCUCGGCAGCUCAAAAAUCUCCUAACUUGAAAAAAAUAUUUUGUGGUAUUGCAAUGAUAAAUUAGAAAGCAGGAGAAAAGAAAAAUACUGCUUGAUGUGUUAGUAUUAAUUAAAAUUAUAUUUGAGUUUUAAAAAGGUUGUCAUUUUUUUGUCAUUAUGUAGCUUUUUCAUGAAGCAACAGUCAUCAGCCUGCUGGAAACUAUUCUUUAUCAUAAGGUAAGGCUGAGAGUGGUAUCAUCUGUCCUUCAAUAGACCAUAAGUCAAUUGAGAACCAAUCGAAAUGCAUGUAUAUUGAUUCAGCUUUUCCUAUAAAUAGCCCUGGUAUGCAAGCAAGUCUUUUGUGUUGCUGCCCGAGAUCUAGGUCAUUACCUUAAAAAUUAUGGUAACUGGAAAAUCAGAUCUAUUGGAGAGUAAUAAGUGUUUGCAAUUUGUGUCUUCGCAAUGCAAAUUCUCUAAAAUUAUCGAUUUAAAGUGAAAGCUUACAGUAUAGACCUCAUAUUGUAUCCAUAGGAAGCAUGUGAAGCAGCUGGUGACAGCAUUCUUGACCUUGCUGAUUACUGCCUCAGAAGAAUAUCACUGCUUAUUGCACAGUACGUACCACAUAUUGGACUGUUUUUAGGGAACAUCAAUGAUGUUUUUCAAAUCAUAUUUGUCAGUUUGUGUUAUGCUCUCAAUUGAAUUUGAUUCCUUUUGGCAAGCUUUGAAACAAGCAACUGAUUUUUUAUUGAUUGUAAAACUUUAAACCCAAACUUACAGACAUGAUGAGUUUUCUAGUAAUGGAGAAUUGACAGAUUCCAGUGAUGAUCUUUCAAGCAUAGAGGUAUUUCGUUAUUUAACCAUUCUAUGAAUAUGAUGUGCUAAAAUAAUAAUUGGGUAGUGUAUUCACCACUUCUUAACACUUUAACCUCUAAGAAUAACCAACAUCUAAAUUGUCCUUACAAUAUCGUCCCUGAAUCACACAUCGAGGUCACAAGAAUAAAGGAAAUGAUACCAACUAAAGGACCUCUUGAUUGUUGAACAAAUUCUCCUUAUCAGCACUAAAGGAAAUGUAUCAAGGAGAGUAUAAAGAAUGUAGAUAAUGAUGUUAGGCAUCGCAUUUUUGCCAUAGAAUUGUAUUUGUUAGUCACAGAAGUCUUUGUUUCCUAAUGCCUAUUUGACACCUUGAAUAGAGAAUUGGCCACCAUAAAGAGUUAAAAGGCUGACAUUUUGAGCAUCAGCCCCUCAUCAAUUGCUCUGACGAAGGGCUAACACUUGAAAUAUCAGCCUUUUAACUCUUUAUGGUGGCCAAUUCACAUUUUCAACUCAAUUGUUAACACUAAAUUACCUGCUAUACUCUCCCACCAACACAGCACUGCAGUUUGUUUAGAAACUUACCCCCUCUAUUACCUUGAAUAGUGACUUUGUAAGAAAGUUUUCUCUCUGUUCUUUCAGGAGUUAAAGAAGCAAGAUAAAACAAUAUUCUUUACUGUUUGUGUCAAGUCUGUGUCAAUUCUUAGAUACAUCACAGACUCCUUAUCAAGGUAAGGUGAAUUACAAAUUAGACAGAAAAUUUGACUUUUUAAACCUUUUUCCCACUCACUUGCCAAACUUUCAUAAGGCCUGUGAUGGUAAAGAUCUGCUUUUUUUGUAGUCUACCUCUGAGUGUCAUGACAAGGCUACUUAACACACAUAGUAAGUGUCAACUGUUUGUUACCCUGUCUCUAUUGUCAUGAUAGUAUGUUGACUAAGAGGAGUACAAUUUGGUCUGUAAUCUUACAACUGAUUGAUAAUUUGUUAAACCUUCACACCUUCACUUCAGCAAGCUUUUUCUCCAACAAGGAGAACUAGUUUAACAAUGAGGAACUUGUCUCGUUGGUAAUCAUUUGCUUUAUUCUUGUGACCUCAAUGAGUGAUUCAAGGGUGAUAUUGUAAGGAGAAAUUAGUUGCUGGUCACUCUUAGUAGCUAUAGGGUUAAUCCAGAGUAUGAUCACAGUCAGAAUUGGCAGCAAGGAUUCUUGUUACCAAUUAAUUAAUUAGCUAUGACAAAAUUUAAGAAGCAAAAUAUCCCUUGAUAAAUACAGUUGUAAUGAUUAGCUUGAAUUUUUCAUAAAGAAAAUGAACUCAAUAGGCUAUAUAAUUGUUCAGUGUAUGUCAAAUACAAGUGUUUUUCUUGUCAUGUGCUUGAAUAUGUAGAGAGAUAGCAGUUUAACUGAGAGAAUUAAAGACACCCUUAAAUUUAGUUUUUUUCCUGUUUCACACUUGCAGAUACCCCUGUAGUGCUUGUUCAGUUGGUAGAAAAUCCUCCUUGGAUAAAAAGAGACAAAGGUGACCCUUUUUGUAAACAUUUAGAACUGUUUUUUAAGAAUCAUUGGGUUGCAACAGUGGGAAAAUAAAGGCCAUGCAAAGAAACACCCUAAAUGGCAAGCCAUUGCAGCAGCUUAUGCCAGUUCCCAGUCUCUAAUAACUUCAGUCCUGCUUGUAUGCCUGUAUAAAGGUGAAAUUAUGGUGUGCAUAUUUUAUGAUCUAUUUUAAUAGUUUUACAUUUUUGAACUCCAGGAAAAUUGAUGAAAUUCAUUGAUAAUGCUUGGAAAGAGAUAUCAGAAAGAGAAAGACUUCAGCUUAGCAAAACAGAGGGACAAGUAAGUUUUUCCUUUCACACACAAGAUCUCAUUUAUUUACCAAAUCUCCUUUCUAUUGGUCAAACAAUAAUUAUGAUGUUAGCCUUGGAAAUUUGUUAUUGGAUCAACUGAUAAUCUCCUAAUUUAUAUUUUCCUUUAUGCUAAUCACUUGUCGGCUUUGUAUAUUGUUUUGCUGAUCAUUUUUAUUCUAGUUCUAGUUGCCAUUUGGAAUCAAUUUGUUUCUAACAGAGUAAUCAUGCAUUAGGAUUUUGAUAAAAAAAUUCAAGAUUUUUUAUUUAAAAUUUGUGUUUUAUCCCUAGGUCUGGCUUGCCAUUCAUCAACUUCUCAUGAAUGAAGACUGUCAAAGAAAGUAUGAAUUUAACUCUUAUAGCAAGGAGCAAAUAUUAAAGGUAAUUGCACUGACGUCUUUAUUUUAUUUAGCAAUAACUAUAUACUUGGUACAGUCUGGGCAGAUCCAGUUGGAGGGGAGGUUCAGAGGCUCCAGAACUCCACCCUCCCCCUCCCCCUCCCCCUCAGACCAAUGGGUUUCCUUUUACUACUUGUCUGUCAUCAAAAUGUUGGCAGUGACAGGAUCAACUGUCAAUACUCAACAUAGAGCAUAUAGAAUUAACAUGUCUUAAAAUAUUUCUUUACCUAUUUGGACUGUAAUGAAAAAAAAACAUUUAUGUACUUUCUGAAUCAAAGUUUGGAUUUCCUCCCCCAUCCCAACAUGAAACUUCCUAAAUCCACCCCUGUGGUCUUAAGGAAACUUUUAAAAAAUUGUUGCUUCCAGUAGUAUUUUUAAUCAGCAGCUUGGUUGAAGGGUGAUGUCCAUAUUGUCAUUGACAAUUGAUUUUCUUGGCUUUAUUUUCAGCUGCGAGGUUUUAUGAAUGAGGUUCUUCUGGAUCAGAUUCCCAGCUUGAUAGAUCUGCAACGAUAUCUUGAGCAACUGUCCAUCAUGGAACCACCAGCAAUAAAAAAGGACAUUAUUUUAGAACAGGUAAAUGAAUUGUGCUUGAUUUUAAAAGCCAAACGUUUUGUUCACUUUCUCUGAUCCCCUCUCUCAUUAUUAUUUUUUUCUAAUUUAUAAAAAAAAAAUAAAACUAGGUUCCAGAAAUUAGAGAGAAACUUUUAAAGGACAAUCAAGGCAAAUGGGAGAGGUUUGCAAAAUACCAGAAAAAGGCUUUCUUUUCGCCCUCAGCAGAGGAUAUUAAAAAGCAGGCUAAAAUGUGAGUAUACUUGACAAUAAUUAUUUUAUACUUAAUAACUCUCAAUGUUACAAUUAUGUUAUUGAAAAAGAUGUUUAAAAACCUUUUGAUGUACUUGAAUGAUAACUGUGCUGUCUAUUAGUUCGGCUAACAAAAUUACUCGUUUAAAGCGGAGAGCACUUAUUUUAAAUUUUGGCUACAGGAGGAACUCUUUUUCAAAGGGGUACGCUUGUUGGGUUUGUGAUUUGAGUUAGUUGUUAGUUCUCUUUUCGCUCCAAGAGUUUUCUCCUGGUUAUUCUCUUUGUCUGUUUUUAGGUGGGCAGACACGUACAAUUUGGACAUGCUAGAGGAACUUGUCAGCGAGCCUCCAAAAUGUGCCUCGUGUGGUCUGCCAGCGACAAAGCGGUGUUCAAGAUGUCAGACUGAAUGGUAUUGCAAGAGGUAAAAUGAUAGAGAGGUUAUUAUAAGUGAAACGUGUUUGACAAACGGACGAUAGCCGGAAGUUGAGAUUCCAUUUCCCUGGCGCUGACUACGGAUUUCUGGCUGGAUUACUUUCGAAUAUGACCGUACUUUGGUUUUUAUUUACCACGCUUCUGGUUGGUCAAGAAAAACCGCGCCUUUCUCAACCAAUAAGAGUUAAAAACCUACCACCCACUUUUUUCCCGCGCUUGUGACCGGUCACGUGUAUGAAUUUUGAGUUUUGAUUCGCUCCAUGUUGUUCUGAUUGACCAUGAUGAUGGUUUUCAUUUUGCCUAAUGGCAAUCUUUUUAUCAAUAAUCACAUGCAUGAAUUUGCCGACGUUGUUCGCAGACUUUAGUCUACGGUGUAUGGAAAUUUUUACUUCUGUUAACUUUGGCUUUUUUUCUCUUAGGGAAUGCCAAGUCAAACACUGGAGCAAACACAAGCCUGCUUGCAAUCUUGUCGUUAAGUCAAAGACAUAACCAGCAAAGAUGUUGUUCGCAUUAAAUGUUUUACAUUGGGGACACCGUCGUAAAACUUUCAAAGUGGAUCAUCAUAGACUAUAACCAGUCGCUGGUCGGGAAAUGAGCCCAUGAUGUCGGGACUCGCGCCCUCGGUAGAGCAGCGGAAAUCGAGCCUAAUUCUUCUUACCUAAAACUUUGAGCAUUCGAAAUUGUAAAAUAUGUGAAUAUUUCUUACCAAGGAAUAACAUGACACUCAUACGUAU